GUGAUUUAGUAGUAAUGAGGCCAGCAGAUCUUAGAUCCACAACGACUAUUUAAGGAGCUGCCCGCCCUUGUAGCUCUCCAUGUAGAGAGGGAGUCCCUGCGAUUUAGUGUUGCCUAAACAUCUUCACCAUUUUCUAUACUUCUCUCUUCCUCGCUCUUCCAUUUUCGGAGCCACUAAGCACCGACCCAAUAGAGUAACAAUGGUGAAGAUUUGCUGUAUUGGUGCUGGGUAUGUGGGAGGACCCACUAUGGCAGUGAUAGCACUUAAGUGCCCCAAGAUUGAAGUGGCGGUUGUAGAUAUUUCUGUGCCUCGGAUCAAUGCGUGGAACAGUGACCAGCUCCCUAUCUACGAGCCGGGCCUGGAUGAUGUAGUGAAGCAGUGCCGAGGCAAGAACCUCUUCUUCAGCACGGAUGUGGAGAAACAUGUGCGUGAAGCUGAUAUAGUCUUUGUUUCUGUCAAUACUCCUACCAAGACCCGAGGUCUUGGAGCUGGCAAAGCUGCAGAUUUGACGUAUUGGGAGAGUGCGGCUCGCAUGAUUGCUGAUGUUUCGAAAUCUGAUAAGAUAGUUGUUGAGAAAUCAACUGUCCCUGUCAAAACCGCUGAGGCAAUUGAAAAAAUUUUGAUGCACAACAGCAAGGGAAUUAACUUCCAGAUCCUCUCGAACCCUGAAUUUCUUGCAGAGGGGACUGCAAUCGAAGACCUUUUUAAACCCGACAGGGUCCUCAUUGGGGGUCGGGAGACCCCAGAAGGGAAUAAGGCAGUUAAAGCACUCAAGGAUGUCUACGCCCACUGGGUGCCUGAGGAUCGGAUCUUAACCACCAAUUUGUGGUCUGCCGAGCUAUCAAAGCUGGCAGCCAAUGCAUUCCUGGCACAAAGAAUAUCUUCCGUUAAUGCCAUGUCAGCUCUCUGUGAGGCCACUGGAGCAGACGUUACCCAGGUUUCAUACGCUGUUGGCAAGGACACAAGAAUUGGUCCCAAGUUCCUGAACGCUAGUGUGGGCUUCGGUGGUUCUUGCUUCCAAAAGGACAUUCUGAACCUUGUUUACAUUUGUGAGUGCAACGGCCUUCCCGAGGUGGCUGAAUACUGGAAGCAAGUAAUCAAGAUCAAUGAUUACCAGAAAAGCCGCUUUGUCAACCGUGUCGUUGCAUCUAUGUUCAACACGGUAUCAAACAAGAAAGUUGCCAUCCUCGGUUUUGCUUUCAAGAAGGAUACGGGCGAUACCCGUGAGACCCCUGCAAUCGAUGUUUGCAAGGGGCUGAUGGGCGACAAUGCCUUGCUAAGCAUUUAUGACCCUCAGGUGAACGAGGAUCAGAUCCAGAGGGACCUCUCGAUGAAGAAGUUCGAUUGGGAUCACCCCCUUCAUCUCCAGCCAAUGAGUCCCACGACCGUGAAAAAAGUUUCCGUAGUCUGGGACGCCUACGAGGCAACCAAAGGUGCCCAUGCCAUCUGCAUUCUCACCGAGUGGGAUGAAUUCAAGAACCUCGACUACAAAAAGAUAUACGACAACAUGGAAAAACCCGCAUUUGUUUUUGAUGGUAGGAACAUUGUGAAUAUGGAGAAGCUGCGGGAGAUUGGGUUUAUCGUCUACUCGAUUGGUAAGCCGUUGGAUGCUUGGCUCAAGGACAUGCCUGCCGUCGCUUAGAUAUAUUCUUUAAUUCUCUUUUUGUCAUACUUUAGUUCCAAGGAUGUUGUCUUUGUUGCUGUCUGAGUUAAAGCCUACUCUGUAUUGAUGCUACUACAUUUUACCUGUUUGAUCCAUUUAUAAUAGUCGAGUUUUUAUUACCACUUGUGUUUAUUCUCGCAUUAUAAUAAAAGGAUGUGGGUUC